AGCUUCCCUGUCCUUGGCUAUAGCUGUGCCAGAUCUACUCCUGACCUGUACCAGCUGUCAUCUAUCCCUCACCCUCAGAACCCUGUCCCUUUUCUCUCAAUGGCUCACAUCGCAAGCUGUAUGCUCGAUGAAGGCGAGUCCGCCAACCCGCCGUAUAUAGCGAAGCCGCCCUCCCCACUACCCCCAAUGGAUUCGACAUCACAAGCACCACCAUUGUCAUCAUCAUCAGAUCACAAGCCCUUCGUGUGGAGGAUGCACCACCCAGACACCCGGAAGUACCAGCUCUUCCCAAAGGAUCGCCAGCAACGGCCACCAAACAAGAGCCUCGACCCCGAGCAAGCCUUCGCCCUCGCCAUGGGACAGAACGACAAGACCGAGAAGCCCUGCACCAGCAGCGGUUCACUCCGCCUGCGCAUCAAGGAACACAACCUCAUUAGACGGCGUAAAGUCAGCAUCCCCGAAUUGGGCCCCAUGACGACUGUCCAAGAGGUUCCCAUGGAUUCACCCACUAUUCCGGGACGUCCACCGCUCCACGAGAGAUCUGUUAGCGCACCAGGACACCACAUCAAACAGCACAAAUCGAACGGAUCCGUCUCAUCGAUAGCCGCGGCCGACGCCGAUAGAUCUGGUUGCACCACUCCAGCCCGCUCACCAGACCGACACCAACGAUCUACCUCAGAGAGCCAGACUCCCCGCCAACCCGCCUCGCCGAAGCAAUUGGCGCCUCUCGUCAUUCCUACCCACAUUGGCAACGUGCCGCGUCUUGCCAGACAAAUCUCCCACAAUCGCAUGCGAUCCGGCAGCACCGGCCAAGACUCUUCUCAGUAUUCCGCCCGCGCCGAUGAUUCACCUAGAUCACUUGCCCGAACUCCGUAUACGCCUUUGACCGCCUCAACCGCCCUCACGACUCCGUUGUCCGCCUGCCCAACUUUUAUGUCCGCCACAACUCCCGUGUCUGCUCCCAUUAUGGAGGAACGUAGCUCGACGAAGCCCUGGGAGUUGAACUACAGCCAAGACGCAGCCACCCCUGUCCAGCUCAAGAGCGAGAACUCUGCGUCACCUGGUAACGACGGCACACAAAGGCCGUUUGUUCACAGCCACAGGAGAGGUCAGUCUGAGUCUGGUAGUAUCAUGGACCGGGGACGGCCACGGAAGCGAAGCGAAUCACGAAACAACAAUGGUCUCAUCCCCAAGCGAAGCUGCUCAACAAGAAAUAAGAGUGCUGAACGCCGGGCUUUCGAAGAGCUUCCUAGUGGAUUCCGAGCCGGCGAGGCACCCAGCCAUAUCGAGCAAGACGAACUGGCAGCUUUGCAAAAGCAGGCCUUCGGACAGGCUUCCCGAUUUGAGGUACUCAGGAAGGAGGAUGUUGAGCUCCUUUCAAGGGAACUUCGUCAGCUCGAUGAGCGCACCGAGUAUCUGCGCCGCACCUACAACUCUCUGCGAGCUGGUCGGCGCAAUCUGCACUCUCGUAUCUGCCAGUAUCUCCGCUCUCCUCGUACGGCUAGAUUUAGCACAGACUCGAUGCUUAAGCAAGAGGAAGCUCUCGCUGAGCUCGAUACGUCGAUCGACGAUUGGGUGAACAAGCUGGAACAGGCUGAGAACCGUCGUACACGGGUACGCCAAAAGCUUCUGGAACACGUCGCUGCCGCAGCUACCCUCCCCACUCCCGCCGCGACGGCCGCGAGCGAGUCAUUGCAGCUCGCCAUGGGCAUCCGCCCGCCUCCACCAGUGGGUGUUGGAAACAUCUCCACUCCUCCUCGAAGCCCCACCAAGAACUCCUUCUCUUCGCACACUGCUAGCAGCUCCCCUUCACCACAACGGGUCGUUGCCCAGGUCCCCAGCACCAUCGUCGAGCAACCCGUGAUCGAGGAGUGCCCCGUUGCCUCGGUCGACAAGCAUGUCUCUUCCUUCAGUCACCGCCGCACCGGCAUGGAAAGCAUCCGCAUCUAUGCCGACAGCGACGUGUACGCUCUUCUGGCCGACGUGGAGAAUGAGAUCACCAAGAUGAGCGCUGCCGCAAACCAGACUGAGGCCACUGCGGCCCUGUCGGAUGACGAACAGAAGGAGAUCCAUCGGGCACGCAGCCAUGAGGCUCUCAGUGGGCUCGCAAAUGAGAAGCCCACCGACGCCAAGGACACCAAGGACACCAUCCCGUCUCCUCGCGCGCCUUCCCCUCCAGCCAAGGAUAGCCCGGCCGACGACGGAGCCAUCUUCCUCACUAGUGCCGUUUUCCGAGGCUAG